CUGCAGGUAGGCUGGUGUCAGGCUGGAGCGGCAGCUGCCACGGCUGUGUGGAGAAAUACAUGUUCUUCAACAUGUCUGUGCUGCAGCCCGUGGAGCAGCUCUCUCUGGCGCAGCUGGAAAUCAAGUUCCAGUGGGACAUGUUCCGCACACCAAGGUUCCUCCUGGGCCCACAGGCGCUCAGCGUGUCCCUGUACAAGGUGUUGCGUGCGACCCUGAGGGGAGCGAGCCACGAGGCCCACCGCAGGCUGGUGCUGUCACAGUCGGUGCAGCUGGAACCAGAGGCCGGAUCCCUCACCUUGGACCUCACAGCACUGGCACAGAACUGGCGUAAACCGGGUCAUAACUACGGCCUGGUGCUGGAGCUGCAGUUACACCCUGUCCACACCUUGGCGACGGACAUCUUCAUGUCCCAGAACCUGGUGAACUCCGUCCCGUUAGGGCCGACCGUAACCCUCCCACAGUUCCAUGCCUCCCUGGUGGUUGUAUCCCUGAAUCCACUCCAGUGCCGCUCUCAGCAGAAGAGGAGCGCCGUCUAUCUGCCGGUUACACCCAGCAACGUGUGUAAGCCGCGCCGCCUCUACAUUGAAUUCAAGGAUGUGGGCUGGCAGGACUGGAUCAUCGCUCCGCAGGGCUACCUUGCCAACUACUGCCACGGAGAGUGCCCGUUCCCACUGAGCGAGAGCCUGAACGGCACUAACCAUGCCAUCCUGCAGACUCUGGUGCACUCCCUGGACCCCCACAGCACACCCCAGCCCUGCUGCGUACCCAUCCGCCUGUCACCUGUAUCCAUGCUCUACUACGACAACAACGACAACGUAGUCCUACGUCAUUACCAGGACAUGGUGGUGGAUGAGUGUGGCUGCAGAUAAAAUGCAUUCGGUGUGAUUGCUGGUUGGUGGUGUGGAUUGUAGAGAAGUUUGAAUUGUUGUUUUUAACAUUUUUACCCGUAAUAAAACGCUUAUCCAUUGAUUCUCCUGUAAUGAAAA